UUUAAUUUUUUUCCGCUUUUCGUUGAAAAGAAAAAGAAAAAAAAAACGCGGCGGAGGUCUCAUCUUCUUCCCUGUAAACUUCUUGACCUCCGUUGAAAAACAAUAUCUUUUUUUCUUCUUUCUUUGAAUUUUUCUUUCUUCAGAUUUUUUUAAAAAAUAAUGGGUAGUCGAUGGAUCUGGAAUUUGACAAUAAUUCUAGUAUUUCUGGUCCAAAAUGUAUAUGGAACCGGAGUAAUUCGUGUUCAUAAUAAAUUUAGGUCAAGAAGAGAUAUGAUUCAUAAUAAUAGAUCUUUAAGUGAUUUUAAAGCUCAUGAUUAUCGCCGACAUUUUCGAAUUUUGUCUCAAGUUGAUGUUGAUCUUCCUAUAGGUGGCAAUGGCGAUCCUACUGAUGCUGGGCUUUAUUUUGCAUCAAUUGGGAUUGGAAAUCCAUCAAAUGAUUAUUAUGUUCAAGUUGAUACAGGAAGUGACAUUUUCUGGGUUAAUUGUAUUGAAUGCAAGAAAUGCCCUACUGAGAGCAACCUUGGUAUAAAGCUGAAGUUAUAUAAUCCAAAGGCAUCAUUGAGUGCGAAAUUGGUUACAUGUAAACAAGAUUUUUGCUCUGCAACAUAUGAUGGCGGUAUACCUGGUUGUACAUCGGAUAUGCUUUGUGAAUAUAGAGUGGUUUAUGGAGAUGGGAGCUCAACUGAUGGUUACUUUGUUAACGAUAUUGUACAGUAUAAUCAAGUAUCUGGGAAUCUUGCAACCACAUCUGCCAAUGCCACCGUCACAUUUGGAUGUGGUGCUAAACAAUCUGGGGAUUUAGGUACAUCUACUGGAGCACUUGAUGGACUGCUUGGUUUUGGACAAGCAAAUACGUCCAUGAUUUCACAGCUAGCUGCAGCUGGGAAAGUGAAGAAGAUGUUUGCUCACUGCUUAGAUGGUAUUAGAGGGGGCGGAAUCUUUGCCAUUGGACAGGUGGUGCAGCCAAAAGUCAAAACAACUCCAUUGGUACCUAAUCAGCCACAUUACAAUGUCAAUCUGAAGUCAAUUGAGGUUGGUAAGGCUACUCUACAACUUCCCACAGAUGUUUUCGAGACUGGAGAUAGGAGGGGGACGAUAAUCGACAGCGGUACAACUUUAUCUUAUCUUCCCGAGGUGGUGUAUGAGCCCCUGAUUUUAGCGAUAUUAUCUCACCAAUCAGAUUUGAAGUUACAGACUAUCGAGAACCAGUUUACAUGCUUCGACUACAUUGGGAGUGUCGAUGACGGAUUUCCAUUGAUCAAGUUUCAUUUUGAAGAUUCGCUUACACUAACGGUUUAUCCACAUGAUUAUUUGUUCUCAUACCACGUAAGUAAUGAAGAUAUGUGGUGUAUUGGCUGGCAGAAUAGUGGAAUGCAAUCUAAGGAUGGGAAGGAUACGAUUCUUCUGGGAGAUUUAGCUCUGUCUGAUAAGCUAGUCGUGUAUGAUCUCGAAAAUCAGUCCAUUGGGUGGAUUGAAUACAACUGUUCGUCUAGCAUCAAAAUGAAGGAUGAACAGACUGGAAGGAUAUAUGAUGUAGCUUCCCAUGAUAUUUCUUCUGCAAGCAGUCUGAUUGUAGGAAGGUUAUUACUAUUUUUCUUACUAACUGCCAUGUUGCAAAGUUUGAUUCAGUAAAAUAUCACAAUUGAAGGGGUUAUACACAGCCCUCAUUGAUUUUGUUGUAUAUUAUAAAUCAUUCCAAUGAAAAGGUAUGUAUGCUACGAGUUUAGUUGCCUCA